AUGCUUGACGACAUGGUUCCCGGCCAUGGCCGAAGCUUAUUGCUUGCCGACAAGCCACCAAAUCCUACCCUGCACGCCAAGCCAGCGCUCGAUUGUGCAGAAGAGAGCGGGCACGGCUACUACCCUUCAUCGUGCCGAGGGCCGCAAAAGACUGAGAGACGGCAUGCCUACAAAUUCAAGCUGUUGUUCGUUCAUACAUUAUGGAGUACAACUGCUACUAAAACUUGGCUGAAAACAGUAGAGGAAGACCAAAAAAUAUAUGUGGCUUCAUAUCUCUACAUCUUGAUCUCACGUUCAAAUUGUGAGAUCCGUUUCGUAGAGAGCCAUCUUUGUGUUGAGCGACAUGGAGAGACUAGCCCAUUGUUGAGACUUGGUGCUGUCCAUAUAGCCGGCACACCCUUAGAACAGUGGUUUGCUGGUGAUGAUAAGCUACAUAUGACAGGGAAUUUCCGGCAAUGCGAUCAAAAUCGUGAAAGUAGACAUGGCGGCCCAGCUGCUAUGCGCCCGUAGUAUUCGCUAACAUGGAAGCAAAUCAGGCCUUAUAGCCCGCCACGUAUCUUGGAGACUGGGCUGAUGCAACGACCAAAUAAUCUGUGAUUUUGUGACGAAUUUUGUGCUGGAUAGACAUGAAUG